UUACGACACACCUGUAGAGAUAACUUAUCAGCACAGUCAUUUUUUAUCGCUCCGUUCAGUCUCACUGUGCAUAAUUUCGCGUUCGCUGUGAUGCAGAGUAAGCUUAGAGAAACAUAAACAUGACAGAAUCAAUUCCUCUACGUGAUUUGAGUGAAAGAAAAGAGAUUUAUAGGCAAAUAUUUGACCAGACUCGUGCAGCUAACGUUUACAAUGACGACGGUCAUGAUGGUCGUAUUUCUUUGAGAGAACUAAAGAUCUUUGUACAAGGCAAUGGCUACAAUUUACCAAACGAAGUUGUGGAAAAAGUAUAUAGAAUAAGUGAUAAUGAAGAGAACAUAAGUUUGGACUACGAUGGACUUGUAGAAUUUUUUGAACGAAAGGGCUUAGCAAAAACCUUGAAUAAGUAUAUUAACAGCUAUGUACAUUUUCUAAUACCACAUCCAAAAAAGCAAUUUCAAGAAAGGAGAGAGGUUAUAAUACGUGCAAGGAGAUCAAUUACACAAAGACCAUCAGAAGUGAGUGUGACAGACAGCGUUAUACGCCUUGGUCGUUCAGCACGUAUUCCAAAAGAGGUGGAAUACUCAUGUUUCCCACCGCCCUUAUUUCUAGUGGUAAUAUCAAUAGUAGAAAUCAUCUGCUUCGCUAUUGAUGAAAGAACCAAAAACAAAAGCAGUCUUGGGUUAACCGCCACAGUCUUUAUAUAUGAUCCUUGGAAAAGACAAGAGGUUUGGAGAUUCUUGACUUACAUGUUGGUACACAUAGGGUAUGAACAUAUCUUCACGAAUCUGAUAGUUCAACUUGUCCUGGGUUUACCAUUGGAGAUGGUCCACAGAUGGAAUCGAGUAUCUGUCAUCUACCUUGCUGGAGUACUAGCUGGUUCCCUGGCACAUUCUGUAACUGACCCAAAUGUUAUGCUGGGUGGGGCCAGUGGCGGUGUUUACUCGAUUAUGACAGCCCACAUUGCUGACGUAAUAAUGAACUGGUCCGUAACGCCAUAUGCUCCGAUCCAGCUCGUCGCCUUCCUGAUCAUUAUAUGCGCUGAUUUGGGUGUAACCGUAUACGAAAGAUAUUUUCAACACAUCAUGAGCAACGUGGGUGUGGCCGCGCAUGCAGGCGGUGCCGCGGCAGGUCUCCUAGUUGGAAUCAACGUGCUGAGGAAUUUCAGAGUAACGACGGUGGAGCGGUACUUACUCUGGCAUACGGGUCGUGGAUAUGCAAGGACAGACAUACACCGUUGUUUCCGUAGAACUCAUCGCCAAAGUAGUCGGACCCUAGAGGAGUGAUCGGCGCAAAAGCCACCAAAGUGGCUAAGCACCACAGCAGAAGAAGUGUAGCUGCAGCAGCUUUAGGAGAAGGUUGUUUUCUUGCUAGCGGUUGAGUUACGGACACGAAUCUGUCCCAGGUGACCAGGGACAGGAUUAGUACCGAUGAUUCGCAAGAUAAGAUAUAGAUAGAAUGCGACCACACCUUGUGAAAUCAGGCAAUUAACGUUGUUUUCCUCAGGUUUGAAGCCUAACCUUCGUAGCUAAAGUACGCUGACAUUCCACUUACUACUAAGUUAUCCCUUUGACUCGAAAUACGUUUAAACUGUGGAGGAAAGGUUUGCGAUUUUUAGUUAAUAGGUUAUAAGAAUCAAUAUUUCACUGAAAUGAAAAUUGUGUAGUAUGCCUCAUUGUUCUCAGAUGUAGAAUGAUUACGUGACAUAAUAACAUAACAGACGUUAUUAAGUCGAACAGUAAAUGCUUAUACUGUGAAACUAUAUUGCAUUUUAGUACUUUAAUCUACUUUCUUUAACUGCAUAGUCAUGGGGCUUCAUUCUACAUACUUGAUUCGCUUUAAUAAUUUUGACACUGCCAUGAUAAUUUUAAUAUAGAAGAUCAAUAUAAUCAGAUGUCCAAAUUAUCAUAGCGAUUCAAGUAUAUCGUCACAAGACGCCAUCGAAAUCAAUUUCAACGGUCUAAGCUCAUUUAGAUUCAGCCCCUGGUGAAUUAAAUUUUAGUCUGCUCUGAGACGUAGCAAAAUACUGCGUUAUGGAGAAUAAAGGUCAAAGCGGCAUAGCGCCUAAGGAAACACGAUGGAAUUUCAAUCAAAUUCAUACCGAUUAUCGAUUAGACUUCAAAUAAUAAUCCAUGUAAUAACUCGGACAAUGCCUAAAAGCAACAAGAAGAAUAUUUGGUAUCGAAAGGAUUCUUAGAAUAUCUUGCAGGAUAAGGAAUUUAGUGUUCCAGCAGCAUCUCGUAUUAUACGGCAGGUUUCCAAACCAUAGGACAAAAGUUUAGGUGAUUUUUAGGCUAAGAUUGUUUUGUUCUCCGGCGAUUUUUUAAACACGUUUUGUUUUGAAAAUACAGAUCGAAACAUUCUACGAAGCUAACAUUUUCGAUCAGCGAAUCACACAUGAAGCUUUUUGAUAAGCAACUACCGUCAGGCAGAGUAUAAUGCUUAAUCUUUCCCAUGAGGUCUUGCAUCCAGUAGCAUUUCUUAUUGAUUUGACCUAGGUGGUUUGAAACCGUAGACUAUAGGUCAGGUCAUUUUCGAUCUUUAAAUCAUUCUAACUAUCUCAACUGGCCUAUACGACCGGUCCUUUGUCCCGAGGAUGUCGAGAUUGUGGAACAGUCUACAGUAGGAAGCUUUUUCCAGUUCUAUUAACCUUAGGCAGUUUAACAAUCGGAUUAACAAAAUUUCUUUGGAAUCAUCAUAGCAGCCGCGGUGUCCCGGCAUUUAGGCUUCUGGAACAUAGUCUAUAAAAUAAAAAUAUAUGGACGGAUUUUAGGACAGAUUUAUACCCUUAAAGGUAAAUGAAAAUUUCAGGUAUUCAAUAAGUUGCUAUCAAUACUAAAAGAUAUUAGAUGCUCAAAUAGGUUCAAGAAAGAGCUGAGGAAUCUGUUAAUAUAAAGAUGCUACUAC